AUGAGCGACACAGAAUCUUUUCCAUCGGCAUGUCGCACAGCGCAAUCAAUUCGCCGUAUCAUGAGAGAAUAUGAUGAAAUAAAAUCUAGUAAAAACCCCUACUGGACAGCCCAGCCGAUCAAAGAAGAAGAACCAUAUGAGUGGCAUUUCACUGUGAGGGGGCCAUUAGGAACUGAAUUCGAAGGGGGAAUUUAUCAUGGAAGAAUUGUUUUGCCCCAAAAUUAUCCCUUAGCUCCGCCCAGUUUCACUUUGCUCAACCAGAACGGACGAUUCGAAGUAGGGCGCAAAGUUUGUCUAUCAGCGUCGAAUUAUCAUCCCGAGUUGUGGCAACCAGCGUGGGGAAUCAGAACAAUGUUAGACGCCCUUCAUGCAUUUUUCUCAACUCCGUGCGAUGGAGCUCUCCAUAGUCUUAAUUGGCCUGCUGAACUACGUCGUCAAUUGGCCAUAGAGUCCCCAAAGUGGAAAUGCCCUGUUUGUGGGGAAGACAACGCAACACUCGUCGCAACGUAUUGUGAAGAGCCGACGCCUCGUCGCCCUACGCUUCCUUCCUCUAUGAUUCCUCCAUCGAUCGCCCGUGCUGUUCCGUAUCUGCGCGAGCGAAGCAGUUCGGUGACACAGGAUGGUCACUCAGCAGCUCCGGUAAACGAUGUUCCUCCCCCCGAGGCUACAGAAGAGCAACGUCGUACGUUCCAAUCACGAGUCCUCUAUCGUUAUUAA